GUAUAUAACGAAAAGAGAAAACACCAGAAACAGUCUUUUGAACCUUCAUUCCCGCCCGGAAUGAAAUGGAUCCGAACCCGAGACCAUCUUCUAGGGCUUACCAGCUUCACCCUGCCCGAUCCUCCAUCGUCGACCUCUUCAAUCUUUACUUAGGAAGAAGUUCCCACCAAAAACCUGAGGAUUCAAAUCGGGAACCUCCGAACAAGACACAAAAGCGUGUAACUGCUCUAAACAGAGAGCUUCCUCCUCGAAAUGAGCAGUUUCUUUUAGAUUUUGGGCAGCUCCAGAGCCAGUUUUCUGACCAGGAUCAAUUGCGUUCGGUGACAGAAUCUAUCCUUAUAUCUCUGGUUGUGCCUUGUAGUGGUCAUGCACCACGGGCUGAAUUUCUUCUCUUUGCUUUACGGAGCUUGUGCAGCAUAGGAUACAUAAACUGGGACACGUUUUUGCCAUCCCUUCUUUCCUCAGUUUCUUCUGCAGAGAUGUCAGUUGGUCAGGGGAAUCAAGCAGUGACUUCUGUCUCAUCUACGAGUUUGUCACCAUCUGGGAUGUUGCCAUCUUCAAGCACAAUUCACAAUUCUUCCACUUUUCAGUCAUCAAAUCCUGCAUCACCAUUGCCUUCAGUUCAUGGUAUCAGCUCUCCUGCGCAGUCAGCGACUGAUCCAUCACCUUGUGUGGCCUUGUCACCUGUUAAAUCCUCCGAUAUUUCCUGCAGUGGACAGCAGUCUACUAUGAGGGUUAAUUCAACCAUAAGAGACAAUACUCUAAGCUGUCUACGCCAGCUUUGUUGUAAGAUUAUUUUAACCGGCCUGGACUUUAAUUUAAAGCCGGUGACUUAUGCUGAAAUUUUCAAUCACAUGCUGAACUGGCUGGUUAAUUGGGACCAAAGACAACAGGAAUCUGAUGUUGCAAAAUCAUGGAGACCUGACAAGGCUCUAAUUGAAUGGCUGCAUAGUUGUUUGGAUGUGAUUUGGCUGUUGGUUGAGGAGGAUAAAUGUCGUGUACCCUUCUAUGAAUUACUCCGCAGUGGCUUGCAGUUUAUAGAAAACAUACCAGAUGAUGAAGCCUUAUUUACACUUAUCUUGGAGAUCCAUAGGAGGAGAGAUAUGAUGGCUAUGCACAUGCAAAUGCUAGAUCAACAUCUUCAGUGCCCUACAUUUGGAACUCAUCGUUUUCUGUCACAGACAACUUCUCCUAUUUCAGGUGAAGCGGUAGCCAACUUGCGAUAUUCACCAAUCAUGUAUCCAAGUGUGCUAGGAGAACCUUUGCAUGGAGAGGAUCUUGCAAAUUCUAUUCAGAGAGGGAGUCUGGAUUGGGAGAGGGCUUUGCGUUGUAUAAGACACGCUCUUCGAACUACUCCAUCACCUGACUGGUGGAAGCGUGUGCUGCUUGUGGCUCCUUGUUAUAGGUCUCAUCCUCAAGGACCUUCUGCUGGUGCUGUUUUUACUUCUGAAAUGAUUUGUGAGGCAACAAUUGAUAGAAUCGUUGAACUAUUGAAGUUGACAAAUUCAGAUAUAAAUUGCUGGCAGGAGUGGCUUGUAUUUUCAGAUAUAUUCUUUUUUCUUAUGAAAAAUGGAUGCAUUGAUUUUGUUGAUUUUGUGGACAAGCUUAUUUUACGCCUGAUAGAGGGAGAUAACCAUAUUCUUCGGACGAAUCAUGUUACUUGGCUGCUUGCACAGAUUAUUCGGGUUGAGCUUGUGAUGAAUGCAUUAACCUCAGACCCUAGAAAGAUGGAGACAACUAGAAAGAUUCUAUCAUUUCAUAAAGAAGAUAGAAGCUCUGAUCCUAACAAUCCUCAAAGCAUCCUACUUGACUUUAUAAGCAGUUGUCAGAAUUUACGAAUUUGGUCCUUGAAUACAUCAACCAGAGAAUAUUUGAACAAUGAGCAACUUCAGAAAGGGAAGCAAAUAGAUGAAUGGUGGAGACUAGCAAACAAAGCUCUUACAGGAAGUUCAAUAGGAGUUGCAACAUGCACAUCAGGAGCAUUAUUGGGUGGAACAACAGGUGUGGGUUCUGAAGGAGUAGCAGGUUCGUUCUCGGGCAUGGGAAAAACCAAAGUUGAUUCCUCAACAACAACAACAGGGGAACGCAUGAUGGACUAUGUGACUUUGGAUGAUAGAUCAAUUGGAAUGUUUUGGGUUAUGUCUUACACCAUGGCACAGCCUGCUUGUGACACUGUGAUGAAUUGGUUCUCCUCUGCUGGAGCGGCAGAAUUGAUACCGGGAUCACAUUUACAGUCCAAUGAGAGGGUAAUGGUGAUGAAGGAAAUAAGCCCAUUGCCGAUGUCAUUAUUAUCUGGAUUUUCAUUGCACUUAUGUAUGAAACUGGCCUUUCAAAUGGAAGAUUCUUUGUUUUCAGGACAGGUUGUGCCUAGCAUUGCACUGGUUGAAACAUAUACUCGAUUGCUGCUAAUUGCACCGCACUCUUUAUUUCGUUCACACUUCAGUCACUUGUCACAGAGGUAUCCUGCAAUAUUAAGCAAGCCUGGGGCGACUCUUUUGGUGCUUGAAAUUUUGAACUACCGCUUGCUUCCACUCUACAGGUACCAAGGGAAAGGCAAAACCUUAAUGUAUGAUGUUACAAAAAUAGUUUCUGCACUUAAAGGGAAACGUGGAGAUCAUCGUGCAUUUAGGUUGGCAGAAAACUUGUGCAUGAAUCUAAUUUUGUCAUUGAGAGACCCUUUUCAAGUGAAAAAGGAAGGGAAGGGUCCAACUGAAUUUACAGAAACUUUGAAUCGUAUAACAAUAAUUACUCUUGCCAUCAUCAUUAAGACACGUGGAAUUGCUGAAGCUGAUCACCUGCCUUAUCUACAAACUAUGUUGGAACAAAUAAUGGCAACUAGUCAACAUACGUGGUCAGAAAAAACUUUACGUUAUUUCCCUUCCCUGCUCCGUGAAGCCAUGAUUGGACGGAUAGAUAAGAAGAACCUGGCAAUUCAAGCAUGGCAGCAGGCAGAAACAACUGUGAUCGCCCAAUGCACCAAUCUUCUUUUAUCAUCUGGUGAUCCUAGUUAUGUCAUGACCUACAUCAGUCAUAGUUUUCCUCAGCACCGACGAUAUCUAUGUGCUGCUGCAUGUAUGCUGAUGCAUGGGCACCCUGACAACAUUAAUGUUGCAAACCUCGCACGUGUCUUAAGGGAGUUUUCCCCUGAAGAAGUGACAUCAAAUAUUUACACAAUGGUGGAUGUUCUUCUUCAUCACAUUCAUAUGGAACUGCAGCAUGGACAUUCCUUACAGGACCUUUUAUCAAAAGCUUGUGCAAACCUUGCAUUUUUCAUUUGGACCAAUGAGCUGCUUCCUUUGGAUAUUUUGCUUCUAGCACUUAUUGACCGUGAUGAUGAUUCCCAUGCUUUACGUAUUGUGAUUAGUCUACUAGACAAGCAAGAACUUCAACAAAGAGUAAAAUUAUUCUGUAAUAACCGUGGGUCCCCUGAGCAUUGGCUUUGUUCUGGAAUGUUUAAGCGUGCUGAUUUGCAAAAGGCACUUGGGAACCAUCUCUCUUGGAAGGAAAGGUAUCCUGUGUUCUUUGAUGAUGCUGCCGCACGUUUGCUUCCAGUCAUUCCCUUGGUGGUUUAUAGGCUUAUUGAAAAUGAUGCCACAGAUCAAGCUGACAGGGUUCUGGCCAUGUAUUCUCAAUUGCUUGCUUACCACCCUUUAAGAUUUACAUUUGUCCGUGACAUACUUGCAUACUUUUAUGGACAUCUUCCAGGAAAGCUCACUGUCCGAAUAUUGAAUAUACUUGAUUUGGGCAAGAUCCCAUUUUCUGAAUCAUUCCUCAAACACAUGAGUUCAUCAAAUCCCGUCAUAUGCCCACCUCUCGACUAUUUUGCUACUCUGUUAUUGGGCCUUGUGAAUAAUGUUAUACCUCCAAUAAAUACCAACUCAAAAUCUGGUUCAAUGGGAGAUACUUCAAAUAAUACACUGCGUGCACCACAUAACAAAACUCCAGCAGCAUCUCAGUCCGGACCAACAAAUGCUUCUGAAGGCCAGAAAUCAUUCUAUCAAACCCAGGAUCCUGGUACAUUUACUCAGCUGGUUCUUGAAACAGCAGUCAUAGAAAUACUCUCUCUCCCUGUACCUGCAACACAGAUUGUAUCAUCACUUGUCCAGAUCAUUGUUCAUAUACAAUCGACUUUAAUUCAGUCCAGCAAUGGUCUGCAUGGACCACCAAAUGGUGUUGGGCAAGGUUCGGUUUUACCAACUUCCCCUUCAGGUGGAAGCACAGAUUCCUUAAGUGCAAGCCGAUCAAGUGCUUCAGUUUCAGGAAUAAAUGCGUCUAACUUUGUUUCCAGAAGUGGUUACACAUGUCAACAGUUAUCUUGCUUGUUAAUCCAAGCUUGUGGUCUGCUAUUAGCUCAGCUCCCUCCAGAUUUUCACAAACAACUCUAUAUAGAGGCAUCAUGUCUAAUAAAAGAGAGUUGGUGGCUUACUGAUGGGAAAAGAUCAUUGGGGGAACUAGACUCUGCUGUAGGCUAUGCUUUGUUAGAUCCAACAUGGGCUGCUCAAGACAACACCUCAACAGCCAUUGGUAAUAUAGUUGCCCUCCUUCAUGCUUUCUUCAGUAACCUGCCACAGGAAUGGCUAGAAGGGACGCAUCUCAUUAUCAAACAUCUCAGACCUGUAACAUCAGUUGCAAUGUUAAGAAUAGCAUUCCGUAUAAUGGGUCCAUUGCUCCCAAGACUCUCUAAUGCUCACUCACUCUUCAACAAGACCCUGUCUUUGCUUUUAAAUACAAUGGUGGAUGUCUUUGGGAGGAAUUCUCAGCCAGCAACUCCUGUUGAAGCAUCAGAAAUAGCAGAUCUCAUUGACUUCCUUCAUCAUGCUGUCCAUUAUGAAGGACAGGGAGGGCCGGUGCAGGCUAGCAGCAAGCCCAGACCAGAAGUUUUGGCUCUCUGUGGAAGAGCAUCAGAAAGUCUGCGUCCAGAUAUUCAGCAUCUUCUUUCCCAUUUAAAAACUGAUAUAAAUUCCUCUAUUUAUGCUGCAACUCAUCCAAAGCUAGUCCAGAAUCCCUCGUAACUGCCGCUUACCCACUUUCCUCUUUCCUAAGCUGGUAAUAUGAUAGGUGCCACUUGUCCAAAGAAGCACGGUUGCUUCUUUAGAUUUUCCGCUAAGGUCUUCUAAGAUUGCAUUUGCAUUUGCAUUUGCGAGUUUGUAUUUGAAGCACUUUUAGUUAAAAGUGUUUUAAAGAGAAUAAUCUAUUAAGUGCUCUCUUAGAAAGCAUUUUAAAUUA